UAGUUUAAACUGCAAAACUCAUUGAAAUGACUGAUAAUUCAGAGGUUGAAUGCGACUUUGAUGGCAUUCUGAUGCUCCCGUUUGACCCCCGCGACCACGACCUGGAUGCUAACUUUCGUCUAACACGUUUUGCCAAUCUGAGCGAGCGCACCAAGAAGAUGCCUAAAGACGUGGUCUCGAAGCUGAUGUCGGCCAAACCACCACGCGGAGAGCCAGAGCCAGAGCCGGAGCCGGACUCGCAGCCGCAGCAGCCAAAGAAAGCACUGGACAUCAGCGAGCGUGGCUCGGUUUUUACGAAGUCAACGACCCUGUUUGGCGACCUGCAACUGGUGCAAACCACCGACUUUGGCUACCCGAUCAUCGACAAUCCGUACUUGAUGGGCAAGAUAGCGUGCGCCAAUGUGCUCGGGGAUGUAUACGCCAAGGGCGUUGUGGCCUGUGACAAUAUGCUGAUGCUGCUGGCCGUGAGCACACACAUGACGGAGAAGGAACGCGACACCAUACUGCCGAUAAUGAUGCGUGGCUUCAAGGACUGCGCCAUGAAGGCAGGUGUCAAUGUUACUGGCGGCCAGAGCGUGGUCAAUCGCUGGUGCAUCGUUGGCGGCGUGGCUACGUCCGUCUGCAAGGAGAUCGAGAUCAUUCAGCCGAACAAGGCUGUACCGGGCGAUGUCCUGCUGUUGACCAAGCCUCUGGGCACACACGUGGCCCUUAAUCUGCACAAGUGGAUGACGGCUAAUGGCGAUAAAUGGAAGUUCCUGAAGCACUCUUUCAGCGAGGAGGAAGUCGGUAAGGCCCACAGCAUGGCUGUGAAAUCAAUGUGUCGCCUCAAUCGCAUCACAGCCCAACUGAUGCAUAAAUAUGAGGCACAUGGGGCCAUCGCCAUAGCUGAACACGGUCUACUGGGCCAUGCCGAAACUCUGGCCGCUUGCCAGCAGAAUGAUGUGGCAUUAUCCAUCUGCAAUAUGCCGGUGAUCAACCGAAUGGCAUCGGUGGCUACCCAAUGCGGUGACGGCUUCCAGCUGAUGCGUGGGCGUUGCCCCGAGCAUUCCGGAGGUUUGCUUAUCUGCAUGGACCGCGAGGCGGCCAUCGAGUUCUGCAAGGAGAUCAUCACAAUGGAAGGACCCAGUGCUCGCUCCUGGAUCAUUGGGAUUGUUGCAAACGGCGACAAGACUGUCCAUUUCUCACAGCAACGCGUUAUCGAUGUCAACAUAUAAAAGAAUCAACCAAUAAUAACAAUUUAAC